UUUCGCAGCAACAUCUAUGAUGAAUAACAAGGCAUCAAUUCUCAUCUGGUUUUCUGUGUCCAUGUUUAUUGACUUUUUUCAUAGUGAUGCACGGGAAAAUAAUUCUUGUUGGUUCAGUAGCAUUGAGUGUAUUUGUUUUUCUUAUGAUAUUGGAAUACGUGUGAAUUGUUCAAAACGGAAUCUUAGUGUUAUACCAAAUAUGAACGACAGCAUCACGUGGAUAGACCUCAGUAAAAAUAAGAUCAGAGUGAUUCAGUCAAAAAGUAUUAAACUGCCAGAAAAGCUGACUUAUCUCGAUUUAUCUGAAAAUAACUUAACAACUGUAAAAGGAAAUCCUUUCAAACAUUUGACAAAACUUGAGUUUUUGAACCUAGAGGGAAAUCAACUGGAACAUUCAAUUUACGAGAAACUAUUUCAAUCACUGUCGUCUUUAGAAGUGCUUAACAUAAAAAGAAAUAGCGACAAGAAAAAAUCUAUAUCUUUUCCAGGAGAUGCUUUUGCAAAUCUUCUUUCUAUAUCAACCAUAAAAAUGAAUGGAAUACCAAACACAAGAUUUGGAAAAAGUUUCUUGCAUUUAAGGAAUCUUAAAGUUUUAGAUAUGUCUGGGAUUGCAGGCAAUUGUAUUUUUGAAUAUAUUGAUUCGAAAAUGUUCUCAAAUUUGCAAUUCCUUGAGGUUUUGGAUCUUUCCUACUGCAAUGUAAAGGAUAUUGAUAAGGGAUCGUUUAGUAACAUGCCAAGGUUACAGCAUCUGAAUAUUUCCUACAACCGUCAGCUAGGCUUCGCAUCUAUGCCUAAUGUAACUUACAAUUUGAACAAAACUAAAAUUAAAUCUCUGAAUAUUAAUGGAGUUAAUUGUGUAGCGGGAGUUGGAACAGAAAUUAAAUGUCAUCACCUUCUUUCUCUCCAAUACACUAACCUUACAGAAUUACAUGUAGCCAGUAACCGAUUGGAAAUUUUAGAACCAGGAGUCUUUAAAAAUCUUCCUAAAACUUUAGAGAAAUUGUCAGUGGCUGAAAACAAACUAACAUCUGGCCUAUAUGUACUUGAAUUUAGUAUGCUGGAAAACUUGCGAGUUUACAAUACGAGCUUGCAGAAGCAUCCAGCAAAGUUUCCUAAUUCAAUUAUAGAUAAAUGUAUUGAAAAGAGAGAAUCGUGUAAUGAUGUUCUCCAUUGCCAAGACGUUACAAAUAACCAAACUCUGAAUAACAUCGAUACUACUUCAAGCUUUAUGUGGCAUUUUCCACGAAAUCUGGAAGAAAUUUACGCUUAUUCCAGUCGAUUAUAUUUUAAGAUUCCUGAAUUUAACAUCUCUGCACCGAGCCUUAGGAUUGUAGAAUUACAGGAUAACUUUUUGCACUCUUUUGAAGGUCCUGUUUACAUUCAACCAACAAAUAACCAAAUCACACUAGAUGUUUCAAAUAACUUUUGCUCACAUAUAUCCCCAAAUGCCAUUAAAAAUGGUGGACAACUCCAGAAUUUCAAUAUAUCACACAAUGACAUAGGUCAAGACCUAGAGAAAGAUGUAAUGGGAAAAACAUUUGAGUCUUUUGUUUCCCUUGAGAACUUAGAUAUAUCAUUUUGCAGAAUAACGAAACUCUCAAAUCUAGUGCUAAAGAAUUCUUCUAAGCUUAAGGUUUUAAAUGUCAGUAACAAUCAGAUAUCAAGAUGGAAUGUAAAAAUUGAUCAUAUGACAAAAUUAUCAUUGAUCGACAUCUCCCAGAAUCGGAUAAGAUCCUUUGAUGAAAAAGUCCGAGUGCAUUUGGAGAAUGCCUUUCAGAGGUCUAAGUUAAUGGUAGAUCUUUCUGGUAAUCUUUUAGGUUGUUCAUGUGAUAAUCAAAAUUUUCUUCAAUGGAUCAGAAUAAACAGAGCUAAUUUCAUAGAUAUUCAGCUCUAUCAGUGUUACCCUGAUAAAAUAAAAUUUUCAUUUAAAAAUUUGGAUCAAUCAAUUUUAUCUUUAGAGAACAUUUGUAGAUCAUUUUUGACUUGGUAUAUAACAGGAUCUGUUUCACUAGCCGUAAUCAUCAGCUUGUUGACGGGAAUAUUGCUUGUAAAAAACAGAUGGAAGAUUCGCUAUAUUGUGUACAAAACUAAACUUAAAUUCCGAGCUAGGGACAAACUGAAUGUUCAAAAUUCCACUAAUUUAAACUACGAAUUCGAUGUCUUUCUAUCUUACGCUGGAAUGGAAAGAACAUUUGUAUUGAAAGAGGUGAUACCUCGGCUUGAAACCACUGGUGGAUUGCGUCUUCUUGUUAGAGACAGGGACUAUCUCCCGGGAUUUUCAAAAGUAGAUUGUAUAAUGACUGGAAUUCAUGAAAGUAGAAAAGUUCUCUGCAUUGUUUCAAAAAGAUAUUUGAAGUCAAAGUGGCGUGACUAUGAACUAAACAUGGCUAAAGUGGAGGAGAUAAAGGACCGUGAAAGUGCAGAUUUUGUUAUACUUAUCUUGUUACCGGAAGUUUACAACAGCGGCUAUCCGAGUAAAGUUAUGGACCUUGUAAAGAGAGAGUCUUUUAUUGAAUAUCCCGAAGAAUCUUGUGCUUAUGACGACUUCUGGGAGAAACUGAUUAAAAUAUUAAGGAGCAAUUAAUUCAAAGUUGAUGUUGUUUGCGAUACAUUUGUUUUGACUGAUUUGAAAAUGUGUAGAAAAGCAAUCUUCUUAAAUUCUGAGUACAUAUUGAUUUAUUGCAAUUUAUUUUAUUACAUUGGCAUUCAAAAUACA